AUGAACGAUGCGACGACUUCCCUGCUCACAGAGCACUUUAGCUACACCCCCUUGUCGCUUAUCGACGACAUAAUAAAUUCGAUAAACAACCUGAUUUACCAGGCGAUUUCAAGUCUGGAGUCUGGAUUGCUUGCGACACCGCCUGAGCGCUUGGGGUUCGGACAUGCGAGUAACGGUUCGACGAUUCCGGAUACAGACGAAGAUGGCAAUGUCGUUUACCCGGAGGCAAAGUUGGAAAUUGAGAACGGGCUGCAUCAGCUGGAGACCCUGCUUGAAGCCAAUGUCGACAAGGCAUUCGACAAGUUUGAGAUUUACGUGCUGAGAAAUAUUCUCACCGUGCCGGAGGAUCUGCUGUUCUGGGUGCGGCUUAAACAUUAUGAGGGCCUCUCGUUUGAGUCCUCCCCGGAUACGCCCACCCCCGAGACCAUCCACGCGCAGCGCAAGAAGCUCCUUGAAACUCGAAAGCUCAACCGGUCACUGAAAGACGAAUGCUCCCGGAACGAAGCCGUCAUCGCUCAACUGAAGUCAAUUCUGUCAACAGUGGAAACCGCCAAAUCAGACGACGCUACCGACGAAUCAAAGAUAACUCCAAAGAAAGCUCUGGACCUGUCCUUCUUGACAUCCAGCCCAGCUGCACGUCAGCUUCGCGUCGGUGUGGAUGCCGGUACCAAUUCCAAACACGCCCCGCUUACAACAAAUACAACUUUCAUUCUCUCGCAGCUUCCGGCAUUGCAAGCUACUCUUGAGCGGCUGCGGCCGAAGUUGGCCAGCUUGCCGGCUUCCGCUCUCGAGGUGGAGUCCAAGUCUAAGCGGGACGAGCGGAAAGAAUACAUUGAGAGCCGGAUCAGAAUACACCUGGAACGAGCUGGGCAACUGGCCAUGGGCGAUGAUGGCAACCCGGUCGUUGCGGGACGCCGGAUCGAUAUCUCUGAGGCCCAUGCUCUAGAGAACGUGGCCAACAUGCUUAUGCAGGAACACAAGUCGUCCUAG